AUGGCCCUGAUCGAUGUUUCGAGGCAGAGGAGGUCACUCCUACAAGAUGCGACCGUUUUACAACAUCUGCCCGCUGAUGUACUGGCCCUAAUCCAGAGCCAGUCCUCCACAAGCCUGCUGGAUGCCAUCGCACAAGCGGCUCUCAUCCCAACACUUACAGACCGCAUAUACGUGCAUUUUGAAAAUGUAUUCCCCGACAUCUGCGCCCGAUGGGCUCUCCGUGCAAAGUCGGACCUGCAGCGUAUAUAUGCUGUUUCUGCUGCCGCUAGAUUAUUACCAUUGAGCCCCGACCUCGCCGCCUUUCUCUGGACCCAGCGUGAGCGACCCUCACGGUCCUCGCCGCGGCAUCUGCAACCUCUGCAAUUGGACGAUAUCUCAUUGAGCCUGGGCGAAUCAGACCUUCUCAAAUGCUUAUUGGCAACAUGGCGACUCCUGAGUUUUGAUUUGCGCGCCUUCAGCUCCAUCGUUUCUGCGGCGCUCAUGCAACACCUGUUCGCCCAUGACAGUCGCGCAGUCCGAUAUCUCGCCAUUCGUAUCUUCUGCCAGCUUCUAUACGCCUCGGAUAAGAAGCUAGAAAAUCUUGUUCAAACUCAUCUUGGUGAAGAACCCGUUAUGGCCGAUUUCGACGGCAUCCAGAUUGACUAUGGCUUUCUUUCACUGCACGAGCAUGAACGAGUCAAGAAGACGCUUUCCUUGCGACGACAAAUUUCGCAAAAUAUCUCAGAAAAUAACGACACGGAGCAAAUGCAACAAUUAACACCAUAUUCUAUCGCAUACGGACAGGUAUUGUUGCCCCGUCCGUAUGGCCCAACUGGUGAUCAGCCUAGCCUGGUCUUGACUGACACUACAAUGUCUAACCUCGAAUCCUUCGCAAAACUGUUGCGCAACCCUGGCCCGAUUUUGCUUCAUGGGGCCUCUGGAGUUGGAAAGACAGCUCUCGUUCAGGAGAUUGCGACUCAACUUGGAAUGUAUUCCGAGAUGGUCACAUUGCAUUUGAACGAGCAAACGGACGCGAAAAUGCUCAUUGGCCUGUAUUCUACAGAUACGAAGCCGGGCACCUUUCAAUGGCGCCCAGGUGUGCUAACAACAGCUGUUAGAGAAGGACGGUGGGUUCUAGUGGAAGACCUUGACCGAGCACCGACCGAGGUCCUCAGCACGUUGUUGCCCUUGAUCGAGCGCAAUGAACUUCUCAUCCCGAGCCGAGGAGAGACUAUUCGAGCAGCCAGCACUUUUCGCCUUCUAGCUACCGUCAGAACGUCGCGAGGGCUGAACGGUCGCGACAACUUGCCCUCGUUGGUUGGAAUGCGCUUUUGGCAAUCCAUUCACAUCGAGCAGCUCACAGAAUCCGAGCUCGAGCGAGUCGUCGUCGACACACAUCCUAUCCUUCGAAAAUACACCACCGGAAUCUUAGCUGUGCACCGUCGGCUGGCCCGAUUAAGUAGCUCUCCUGUCACCACUGCCCGCGGACGCAGCGUAAUGGACAGACAGUCGAAUCUCAGGGAUCUGCUAAAGUGGUGUCGGCGACUGAAAGAAUGCCUGCUAGUCGCAGGAUCAACGACCGGAGAGGAACCCAUCUCGGAAACAACCAGAGAUUGGAUGUUUAUGGAGGCUGUCGAUUGUUUUUUGGGAAGCUGUCCAGAUGUUGAUUUGAGUAAGCACAUGGCAUUCGCGAUUGCUGAAGAGAUGCACUUGUCUAGGGAACGGGCAGAGCAUUAUUUGACUGCCAAUAUACCCCCCCUACACGAAACCGAAACUCAGCUAGCGAUAGGCAGAGUGACCUUGAAGAAGAAGCGAGUUCAGCCAAAGGCUGCCAAGCCAAAGCAGCCGUUUGCCAGCACUGUCCAUGCCAAGAGACUACUUGAGCAGAUUGCUGUUGCUGUCAAGCUCGAGGAGCCGGUGCUCCUGGUUGGUGAGACUGGUAUUGGCAAGACAACUGUUGUGCAACAACUGGCAGAGUCUCUCGGUAACAAGCUUAUCGCGGUGAACCUUUCGCAGCAGAGCGAGGUUGGAGAUUUGCUUGGUGGAUUCAAGCCUGUCAAUGUGCGUAGCCUCGCAGUCCCACUCAAAGAAGAGUUUGAAGAUCUUUUUGAUGCCACCGGCAUUUCAGCCUCAAAAAACCCAAAGUACUUGGAGCAGGUUGGAAAAUGCUUCGCGAGAUCGCAGUGGUCCAAGGUUGCAAAGCUUUGGAAAGAAGCACCUAAAAUGUUUGUCAAGAUCGUCUCAGAGCUGGAGCAGGCUCAUGCCCAGGCCCAGAAAGAGAGACAAGCCGACUCGCAACCGACGAAGCGCAGGAAGACACAGUCAAAACUGCAAAGUUUAUUAGACCUACGGCCGCGAUGGGAGACGUUUGCUAGGAAUCUUCAGCAGUUUGAAGUUCAAAUCGCGGCUGGGCCCGGUGGGUUUGCCUUUUCAUUCGUUGAAGGUAAUCUUGUCAAGGCCUUGCGAAAUGGUGACUGGGUCCUUCUUGACGAAAUCAACCUCGCGUCUCCCGACACUCUGGAGAGCAUUGCGGAUCUACUGACAGGACCCAAUGAACGACCUUCGAUACUGCUAUCCGAGACUGGCGAGAUCCAAAAGAUUAUCGCGCAUCCCAAUUUCCGCAUCUUCGGUGCAAUGAACCCGGCGACAGAUAUCGGUAAAAGAGACUUGCCAGCCGGAAUCCGAUCCAGAUUCACGGAGCUUUACGUGAAGAGUCCGGAUACCGACGAGAAGGAUCUACUUCUCAUUAUCAAGACCUAUUUGGGGAGCACAAGUAACAAAAAUGAUAAGGCGGCGAAUGACAUUGCGCGACUGUACCUCAACACCAAAAAGCUGGCUGAGCAAAAGCGCAUCGUUGAUGGUGCCAAUGAGGUCCCCCAUUUUAGUCUGCGAACCCUUACUCGUGUACUGAUGUAUGUCAAUACUAUCGGAUCGCUUUACGGCCUCCGAAGAGCACUUUACGAGGGCUUUUCAAUGGGUUUCCUGACUCUGCUUGAUCGCAAAUCCGAGGAUAUGCUUGUGCCGCUCAUCUAUCAUCAUCUUCUCGACAGUCAUGGCGACCCCCAAUCCCUCUUAUCGCAACCCCCUAGGCAUCCUAAUGAUGGGAAGAGCUAUGUCAAGUUUCAAAACAAAGCACGCGAUAGGCAAUAUUGGCUUUUCCAAGGCGAUGAGCAACCUGUGGAAAGGGAAGAUUACAUCAUUACACCAUAUGUUGAGCGCAACUUACUCAACCUUGUUCGCGCCACUUCCACACGGAGAUUUCCCGUCCUCAUCCAAGGUCCCACCUCGGCUGGUAAAACAAGCAUGAUCGAGUAUCUCGCUAACUUCACCGGCAAUAAAUUUGUACGAAUCAACAACCACGAGCAUACGGACUUGCAGGAGUAUCUUGGUACUUACGUAUCUGGAUCAGAUGGGAAACUCAAGUUCCAGGAGGGAGUUCUUGUGCAAGCAAUGAGACGAGGACAUUGGAUAGUUCUUGACGAAUUGAACCUGGCACCCACAGACGUUCUUGAAGCGCUCAACCGACUCCUUGACGACAACCGCGAGUUGCUCAUUCCAGAGACGCAAGAAAUCGUUCGACCGCAUGAGAACUUUAUUCUCUUCGCGACUCAAAACCCACCCGGUCUCUAUGGUGGACGUAAAAUCCUCUCGCGUGCCUUCCGAAACCGAUUCUUGGAGCUGCACUUCGAUGACAUCCCAGAAGAUGAAUUGGAGUUCAUCCUGCAACAGCGCAGUCGCAAUACAUCGCCUCCUGACUGCCGCCGUAUCGUCUCUGUCUACAAAGAGCUUUCCAGACUUCGCCAGACCAGUCGACUUUUUGAGCAGAAGGACAGUUUUGCCACCCUUCGAGAUCUUUUCCGAUGGGCCCUUCGUGAGGCCGAAACGCGCGAAGAUAUUGCUGCGCAUGGCUUUAUGCUUCUGGCUGAGCGAGUGCGGAACGAUGAUGAGAGACAGGCCGUGAAGGAUAUUAUCGAAAAGGUGUUCAAGGUAAAGAUUGAUACACAAAAGCUUUACUCCGCGCAAGACGCACCGGAAUUGAGGAGCUUUGCUGCCGAGCAGAACAGCCAGGGUGUGGUUUGGACCCAUGCCAUGCGCCGACUCUAUGUCCUCGUUUCACGGGCACUCAAGAACAACGAGCCGGUCCUCUUGGUAGGAGAGACUGGUUGCGGCAAAACAACUGUCUGUCAGCUGCUCGCGGAAGCUCUCAAGAAACAACUGCAUAUUGUCAACGCUCACCAGAACACCGAAACCGGAGACUUGAUCGGCUCCCAGCGUCCUGUUCGUAAUCGUGGAGCCAUCGUUGAUUCUCUAGACAAGGAUCUUACUCUGGCGCUGACGCUCGCGGGCAUCUCCAUCCCCGUGUCGCCCGAAGAAAAGUACCAGCUUUACGAGACUCAGGCGAUCAACAGCGACCAAGUCGGCAGUGAGCUCAAGAAUAAAAUUGCAAGCAAUGCUACCAGAAGCAAAGCCCUCUUCGAGUGGUCUGACGGCGCUCUAGUCGAGGCCAUGAGAGAUGGACAGUUUUUCCUGCUGGAUGAAAUUUCUCUUGCAGACGACUCUGUACUAGAGCGAUUGAACUCGGUACUGGAGCCACAACGUACGCUGCUCCUGGCUGAAAAGGGCAGCGCCGAUUCUUUCGUGGUUGGCGCGCCUGGCUUUCAAUUUUUUGCGACCAUGAACCCUGGCGGCGAUUUUGGCAAAAAGGAGCUUUCGCCCGCUCUUCGAAACCGGUUUACCGAAAUCUGGGUUCCUCAACUGUCGGGCGACGAUGAUAUUUACGAGAUUGUCCAGACAAAACUAGAAGAUGAUGUCAAGCAGGCUACCAAGGUCAUCAUUGCCUUUGCUGUUUGGUUUGGUGCCACUUUCCGUCCCAUGGCUACCACACCAUUUUCAAUCCGUGAGAUAUUGGUCUGGGUUUCGUUUAUGAACUCUGCUACAGCAAGCAAAAUGCCGUUUGCGCUGGUUCAUGGCGCCUCGGCCAUCUUCAUUGACAGCAUUGGCGCCAACCCCUCCGCGGUUCUCGCCACAGAUCCCCAGGCUACCCAGAGGCAGCGCCAACAGUGCCUCGACAAAUUGACCGAACUCAUCGGCGAGGACGCCUCUCAGCUUUACGAUUCCGAGCCAGAGUUCAAGGUCACGCCAGACUGUCUGGUCAUCGGCUCGUUCAGUAUCUCACGCACGCUGGACGCCUCCCCGCUUGCGGAUUUUGCCUUCCACGCCCCGACCACCAGAAGAAAUACUAUGCGGGUUGUUCGGGCUCUGCAAAUGCAAAAGCCAAUUCUGCUUGAAGGAAGCCCUGGUGUAGGAAAGACAUCUCUUGUCGCUGCUCUGUCUCAUGCUUGUGGGCAGCCACUCACUCGUAUUAACCUAUCGGAUCAGACUGAUCUCAUGGAUCUCUUUGGUACUGAUGUGCCCGUUGAGGGAGCCGAGGCCGGUAACUUUGCAUGGCGCGACGCCCCGUUCUUGCAGGCAAUGCAAAAGGGCGAAUGGGUCCUGCUCGAUGAAAUGAACUUGGCGUCUCAGUCCGUGUUGGAGGGUCUGAACGCAUGUCUAGAUCACCGUGGAGAGGUUUACGUGUCGGAACUCGACCAGGUCUUUAAGCGUCACCCCGACUUCCGCCUCUUUGCCGCGCAAAAUCCUCAUCACCAAGGCGGUGGCCGCAAAGGAUUACCCGCGUCAUUUGUCAAUCGCUUCAUUGUCGUCUAUGCCGACGUGUUUACCGAUGAGGAUCUCAAACUCAUCGCUUCCCACAAUUUCCCAAACUUGCCCAUCGACAUGGUCAGCAAGCUUAUUCAGUUUGUCACCGAAAUGGACAAACAACUGGUGGUGGACCGCUCUUUUGGUGCCCAGGGCGGACCCUGGGAAUUCAACCUGCGUGAUGUGCUUCGCUGGCUCCAUCUGCUCAAUUCCCCAGACCCCAUCCUGCAGCAAGGCCAGGCCGAUGAUUUCCUGGACAUCAUGGUCCGGCAACGCUUCCGCCUGCCACAAGAUCGACAUGAAGUCACCAAGCUCUACACCCAAGUGUUUGGAGCUGAGCCUCGCAUCCACAGCCUGUAUCACGACCUAAAUGCCGAUUCUAGCCAGGUUGGCCUCGCACUCCUUCCUCGAAAUGCUGCCUCGCAGCCAGAGCGUUUACCGCCAAUCAACAUUGUCCCGCGUCUUCCCGAGCUAGAGUCUCUCAUCAUCUGUGUCAAGCAAAAUAUUCCUUGCAUUUUGACCAGCCCCUCCGGCCAUGGAAAGACGGCGCUGUUGGAGUACGUCGCGGCCUUGUCCGGAAAGCCUCUUGUCGUGUUCCCAAUGAAUGCAGACAUUGACACUAUGGAUCUUGUGGGUGGGUUCGAGCAAGCUGACCCCCUUCGAGAAGUAAACGCCGCCAUUCGCGACUUGCGCGCCUAUCUGCAUGACUCCAUCAUGACGAUGAUCCCUACCAAGCUCCCCGAUUCUGUUCUUAUCUUACUGUACGAGAUUGACAAUUUCUCUGGUGAUAGAGACGAGAUCUCGCGCAUUCAAUCCUCCAUCGCCUCACUUCUCCAGGAGCUACCUGCCGACUCCGAUGUUGGCGUACAUCUUUUCAAAGUUGCUGCGCUUCUCGAGCAACCGCUGGUCCUCGAGAACCCUAGAUUCGAAUGGCUUGACGGAGUCAUAAUCAAAGCUUUAGAAUCUGGCCAGUGGCUGGUACUGGAUAAUGCAAACCUCUGCAACGCGUCGGUGCUGGAUCGUCUGAACUCUGUCCUGGAACCCAACGGCUUCUUGAGUGUGAACGAGCACUGUGGGCCAGGCGGCGAACCACGUAUUGUGAGACCCCAUCCAGACUUCAGAAUUUUUCUCACCGUGGACCCAAGAUAUGGCGAGCUUUCUCGAGCGAUGCGUAACCGAGCUGUCGAGAUAUAUCUAUGCGACACCCCUCCAAGUGUGGAUCCCAGUCUUCAUUACAUCGCACCUGUUGAGAGCUGUCUCCAGAGAUACCUGUCAACCCUUGAUAUUUCGCAGCUGCUAGAGCAGAACGGCAAGCCUUCUGAAGCCUUGCGCAUUUCUCUUCAGAACGCGAGCUUUCAGGAUCUCGCCAUCCUCUUGCGCUUUACCAACGAAUUCGGACAAGACUCGCUCCUCGCCCCUCAUCUGCAGCAUUUUGUCGAGUUUCUCCAAUCCCCCAAUGGGUCAGAUGCCCGAAAGAGCGUCUCGGAUCUUUAUUCAACCUUGCCUGAGAGUCUCGUUACCGGUACAGCUCAAUCCCAGCCUGUCCAUCCUUUGAACAAUUAUGCGGUAUCUCGCUUGUCACAAACUCAGAAUUCAGCAGAGUGGGCCGCGACCAUUUACGACACCUGUGUAGAGCUUUUCAGUGUGCAGCAAUCCAUUGACCACCACAAAUCUUUGGCUCGGACUUCCAAACUCGGCGCUCUCAACAGACUACAGCGAUCACUAAUCAGUGACCGUGUUGCUGCCGUUUCAAAGGACUCUACUGUUCGAUUGGCUGCUUUCAUGGAGGCCGUACUGAGCGCUAUUCGUGCAUAUCUUGGCAACGCACCAUCGAGCGAGCAUGAUAUCUCUACCAGAUUCUUGCGCCUCAUGUGGAACUACAUCGCGCGCACUAUCAAAUUGGCUACUGAAGAAACGCUGGAUGAAGCCAAGUUCCAGGCUCAUCUUACACAAGGCACGCGGCUAUUAAAUAAACAGCUUGCGAAGAUUGAGUCUCCAACCCUCUCCGCUCUAGGUUCACAUAUUCUCGAAAAGCUACAAAGCGACUUCGCGAGUGGGUUCAAGUUGUCCACGGGUCUGAGCAUGGAACAGCUCUGGAACACUCUUCGGCCGCUUCCCAUCCCCAGUCAGUUUAUCUACGACGAGGUGCUUAAACUAGAUCAACUAGUGGCAAGAUUCGACGAGUUGCGCUGGAAAACACGAGCGAGUAUCCCGGAGCUCUCCAAGGCGCAGCAGACUUUGGAACAAGCAUACUCCAUUGUUCGGUCAGGCGCCAGCAGCUCUGAUGAACUUGUGCAAGAGCUUUCUGCAGUUGUUGAGGCCCUAGAGAGUCAGAUUGGAGACGAGAACGGGAAGCGGGCGCCAUUCUUUGCUUCGCAGUUCGAGAGUCUUAGGCAAAUUGACAUGCUGCGCGCAAAGCCCACUGCUGAUGCUGGAAAUAACGAGCUCUCCCUUUUGUCCAACAUCUCCACUGGAGCUCGUUUGAUGCUCGCAAGCACAACUGGCCCCGCGUCAUGGCUUCAGUAUGUCGACUGCUUGGGUUAUCAAAACCAGUACCCUUGGGAUGGACGCCUGUUGCUAUCCACCUGGGCCAAGCUCAACAGCAUCAACGCAGUCACUUUGAACUCUCUGCAGCUUCUCGAAACUGAGCUGCCAGCCUUGGGUCGCCAGAUGACACAAAUGACUUCUGCGAUCUCGGCCAACCCUACAACCCAACUGACCCGAGUCUUGCAGAUCCUGCUGCUUGAUGUCUUUGCAAGCCACGGCGAAACAUCUCGCGCCCUUGGUCAAGAACUUUUGGCCAAGGCAGCGGAGCUUAGCACCACAACUGUAGGCUGCGAGAACACACUGCGAGAUGUUUGUUCUGCCAAUGAAGACCUACCCGCCCAUUUCAGGGAAGUUAUCCUCGAUCACUUCAUCCCUUCGAUUGUUGCUUUUGCUACUUCGAAUAUGUCCACCAGUGGCAACACAUGGCAUUGCGGCUUAGCCUGGACUCAGUUCACCAUUGGACUUGCAAAGCUCUACGUCCCUGACCGUAUAUUUGACCCUCAACUCAGUCCCAUGAUGGAGCGCCAAUUCUUCGAGCAACUCGAAUCUCUCUUGAACGACAACCUCUCACAUAUCCAAGUAUUUGACGAAAUCUUUGCUGGCCAACUCACCAGUACUAGACAGCAGCUCCUUGUGGAUGAGAUAAAUCAGCUAGAUCCGCUCCCUGAAGAGGUGGUUGCUGUCUUCAGACCCAAACGAUCUGAGUUGAGCCAGAUCCAUGCUGAGUUCUCAAAUGUUAUGAAAUGCAUUGUGGGCUCCGAUAUCAUCACGACUUUGCAGUCUCAUUCGGGCUCAGCAGAUGGCGAAAGUGGCCUCGCUUUGCUGAAAGAAAAUAUCAUGAGACUACUUGAUCGCCUCGGUGCCCGUUUUCAGGCAUACCAGGACAUCACACGACCGGUUUCGAGUAUUUUGCGCUGCUUCCUCAUUGGUCUUUCACUCUGCAAUUCCUCAAAUGCUGACAAUUUGACCGGCCCUGUGCAAGUCAUUGCGGAUGCCACCCCCUUCGUUGGUGGACUGUAUAUGGGCGGUUCUCUUGCAGAGGCGGACAACUCAUUUGAGUUCCUUGAUGUCGUAAAUAGCAAAAUUUCCAUCAACGGGCAGUCUGAGCUCGAUGAUGAGUUACGGCAGCAGGUUUUCGAAUGUUUCCACUCAUUCUUUGAUGACUGGAGCAAGCGUCUCGAGGCGGACAAGAAAGAGGAAGCUGCUAGAACGAGCAUGUACCGAUUCCGUGGGUCGUUCGAGGACGAAGAAGAAGUGGAUGCCGAAGAGUUCAGCGAGCUGUUCCCCACGUAUGAUGACGAGAACACCUCAGUCAAGCCCAGCAAAGACAAGGAUGAGGUACGCACGACGUCCGUGAAGGUAGCAGAGAUCCACAAGAAAAUCUUCCUGGAAAGUGACGAACCUUCUGCGGCCCUUCGCCGGAUGUGUUUCGGCAUUUGCAACCGCAUAGUGCGCGAAUUUGGUGACCAUGACAACCUCAGCCAGGAUCUACAAGGCAAAUUUAUCGGGCCUGUCGUGCUUCUGCUGAGCGAAAAGGUGCAUGAGCUUCAAACACCACCAACAGACAAGACCUACAACUUUUACACACACGCCAACCUCACAGAGGCGCGCCAAUUGGUUGCCGUUGUGCAUGAUAUCCGCGCCAAGUUCCGAGAGCUGCAGAUGGUUGAUGAGAUUGGUCACAUGCAGCCCUUGGCCGACGUCAUUCAAGCGUGUGAUGGAGUCUUGGAAAUUGUUCACACCGAGCCCCUCGCAAAGAUUGUGCACAAGGUAGAGCACCUGCACGCUCUAGUUUACGAGUGGCAGUUUGGAGGCUGGGCCAGUCAGAAGUACGGUGCACUGGACUUGCACAAUGCCCUGACCGGGACAAUUAUUCGCUGGCGCAGACUCGAAUUAUCUACGUGGGGUAAUCUCUUUAACAUGGAAAAGGCCAAAUGCGAAGAGGACGCCUACUCGUGGUGGUUUAUUGCCUAUCAAGUUAUCAUCGCCGUGCCACUUUCGAUGGCUGACUCCAAACCGGAUCUUCAGACAUAUGCGACAUCUCUUCUGCAGAGCCUGGAGUCGUACUUUUCUACAUCGAUUGUUGGCCAGUUCCGAACGCGAGUCUCUCUCCUCAGACAACUUUUGGCUCAUCUGAAGGCACUCACUCAAGAUUAUCCGAACCUGGUGAUCAUCACUCAGGCAGUUGCUAACUUUCUUGCUUACUACGCGAGAUUCGAAACGCUUGCGGAUAAGACGAUUGCAGCGGGUCGCGCGCCUAUUGACAAGAAGAUGAAGGAUGUGCUACUCAUGGCUAGCUGGAAGGACACCAACAUCAAUGCCCUGCGUGAGAGUGCCAAGAAGUCUCAUCUCAAGCUUUUCCGUAUUGUGCGCAAGUUCCGCGGCGUUCUAGGCCAAGAGAUGAAAACCCUGAUUAUGCAGGGCUUGCCCGAUGAAACGACAUUCCCUGGAAACGCUAGCCUCGCCCGUCCUGCUGAGCAUGUGGUUGCGCCUGAAAUGUUGGCCCUGCUGGAGUCAAAUGCUCCUGGUUGGCUUGCCAGCCACAAGCGCCUGGCAAACGUUAUCAAGACAGUUUCUGUGAUGAAUAGCAUUGCCAAUACUCCUCAAAUUACCGGAACUGUCGCUGACAGCCUCGAGUCGUACCUAGCUAGUCUGGAAGAGUCCAUUGCGGAGCUUCGCAAGGAAACACCGGCCCAACUGACAGAGGAGAACAAGACUGAAGUGAAACACCUCAAGACAAGAAAGCGCAAGCUCUUUGCCGAUACCUUGCGAGAGCUACGCAACAUGGGCCUCCGAUACAACCUUGCUCAAGAACCUCUCGCGGAGCAAGAUUCCUUGGCAGUGGUCCUUGCAUCUGGUACGAAUAUUACGCUAGAUAGCUCUGCCUCUAUCAACGAAGCCGAGUACUAUUUCCACAAGAUGCUAGAUCUGGUACCUAAAGUCCGAGAGGCGGCCCGUGAUCACUCGGAAGAUCUCACUUCUGCCGAGGUGCUUCGCAGCAUCGGUUUCGUUGAAGGCUUCAUCUAUCUCUCCCGAGCCCAGCGCCGAAACAUCGCCACGGCCACUCGCUCCCUUGAGUCACUUCAGAGCGCUGUCACUUCGUUCACUAAUCUGCGGCACUUCGAGAAGCUUGGUAAAAUACAGAAUCGCAGCGCGGAGAGCAAUAUUGAGACUCUGCUUCCUUGGGUCCUGCAACUACUAGGGUUCGGCAUCAAGCUGGUGCGUUCUCAUGGAAAGCUUCUUGGAACAAGCCACGAUUCAGUCUUGGAGAAGCUUCAAAGCUGGGUCGGCCAGCUUGACGGAUACCAGAAGACGCUACACGCGCUGCCAAAUCUGCCAACAAAUCUGACUUCGGAGUCGUACGAGACAUCACACACAGACAUUUUCAACGCAUUUGUUCAAAUGCGCGCUGAGCUAGCAGACAUGAUGCGGGAGUCUCCCAACCUGUCCUUCGUCCUCAGCUAUAUCUCGAGCUGGUCGAAUACAGAGAUCGAAGCGGCAAACUCCGAGCCGCAAAACCUACCUCUGGUCAACUUUGGGGGCAUUCUGGCAAGACUCAGUGACACGAUAUUAGUGGCCGUGGAGGCGGCUAAGAAGAAGGCUUUCGAGGUUUCCACGAACGAGGAGGAGCCAAGCUGGUUUGUGAACCACAAUGAUGGUCUGUUCUCAGUGAUCAAGCAACUGCGGAUGGAUGGAUUCUCCAAGAGCGUCGAACAGUCUCUACAAUUACUGGAGCAGUUGGAUCUGAGCUCAAGUGUGACGAGCAGUGCAGCCGCCGGUAUGAUUGCGGUUGUCUCACCGAUUCUACAGGAGUUUGUCUUUUUCUGUCAAAAGUCGGUUGAGAAUGCCCUCAGUGUGCAUAAAUCUACAACACACAUGGGUUACGUCUUGACUCGCGCGUUUACUCAGAUCGGCACCCAGGGAUUCUGCACGCCGCAAGAAAAAUCAGAUGAGACCUCUGGCGAAGGCAAGGUUGAGGCCGGUACUGGUCUUGGUGAUGGUGAAGGCGCUGAGGAGGACAUUAGCAAGGAUAUCCAACCUGAUGAGGACCUCACUGAACUCGCGCAAGAGGCGAAUAAGGAGCAAAAUGGCGAAAUGGAGGACGAGAAGGACGCUGUUGAUAUGGCUGAUGAAGAGCUUGAGGGUGACCUGGGCAGCGUCGACGCCGCUGACGAGGAUGAGGAAGAUGGAUCCAAGAAUGGAGAAGAGGAAGAGGAAGAGAAUGACAUGGAUGAGGAAGCAGGCGAUGUCGAUGAUUUGGAUCCCACCGCCGUUGACGAGAAGAUGUGGGAUGGUGAAGACGAAGAGAAGGCCGACAAGGACCAGCAGGGAGAAAAGGCGCAGGGUCAAAAGAAGGAGGAUGAUCCCAUUCCCGACGAGACCAAACCCAGCAAAGACGAAGCCGAGAAGGAGGCGGAUGGUGACGACAAAAAGGAUGAUACCCAAGAGGACGAAGCCGAGGAUGAAGAUGAAGAGGUCCAGGCGCAAGAAGAGCUAAACAAGCAGGACCAGAAUGUGCAGGAAAAUGAUACGCUUGCACUACCUGAGGAAAUGGACCUGGACCUGGAGGAUGAGGAAGAAAUGUCUGGUGACGAGGACAUCGACGACUUCUCAGAUGUUGAUAAAGAUGAACCUGUCACCGAACAACAGGAGGACAAUCCUGAUGAGGACGGAGAGGAGGAAGUUGGUGACGAGACACAGCAAAAGCCUGCUGAGCCCGAGGAAGGCGAGGGAGAAAGCGAAAAAGAAAACGAAGAAGAUAUGGACGUCAAUGCUGUCGGUGAAGAUGAGGUCGAGGAAGAUGUCAAGGAGCCAGACCAGCAGGAGAAACUGGAUGAUGAGCAACAAGAGAAUGCCCCGGAUCAGUCUGAUCCCACAGAUGCAGCUGAGCUCGACAAUGCAGCCCCGAGCGACGUCAAGAGCUCUGGACAGGACCAAAACAAAGACGCCAUGGAGUUGGAUGACCAAUUCCAAGCUAAUGCAGCGGAGCAAAACGAGGGUGAUAUGGGAGAGGCCGGCGCAGAUGAGAACACCAGUUCGGGGAACAAGGGUGCCAUUUCACGUACAGAAAAAUCGGCCGAACAGCAAGACGAGGACGCAGCAGAGCCUGAAACCGCGCGCAAAGACCCAUUCAAGAAGCUGGGGGAUGCUCUGGAACGCUGGCACCGUCAGCAAUCCGAUAUCAAAGAAGCUCAGCCGAAUGAAGAUGUCAAGCAGGAACAGGGUAACCAGCCUGAUGAGCAGACGCAACGAGAAUUCCAGCAUCUCCAAGACGACAAGACUGCGCCUGAUACACAAGCCAUGGGCACCGCAGACAAUGAAGACAUUCAACCAAUGGAUGAAGCCAUGGCUAUCGAUGAGGAGAAGAAGGACCCAGAGAGCCGCGUCACUGAAGGAGCUGAUGACCAGGAGACAGAUGAAACCCCUGACGAAAUGGAUACCACGGAGGCAGAUGGCACCAAGGCUGAUAAUGAGCGCGAAGAUGAUGGCCGAUCCGGUGUCAAGACGCGCCAGGGCAACUAUGACAGAGAGCCAACGCCUGAAGAAGACGGCGUCAAGAAGGAGGAGUUAGAGGAAGACGAGUCUCUCCAAAACGCCUCUGAGAAGCUAUCAAUCACGCACAUUUCCGACGAGGACCGUCAUCUGCGCGACCUUGGCGACUGUCUACGAGAGUGGUCCGACUUCCAGUCCAAAACUCACAGCCACUCCCUCUCCCUGACGUCGCAGUUGCGGCUCAUCCUCACGCCCUCGCAGUCGACCAAGCUCUCGGGCGCCUUUCGUACCGGCAAGCGGCUCAACAUCAAGCGCAUUAUCCCGUACAUUGCGUCAAGCUAUAAGCGGGACAAGAUUUGGAUGCGGCGCAGCGUGCCGACCAAGCGCACGUACCAGGUGGUGCUCUGCGUCGACGACUCGCGCAGCAUGGGCGAGUCGUCGUCGGGUACCCUCGCCAUGGAGUCGCUCGUCAUGGUGGCGCGUUCCCUCGCGAUGCUCGAGGUCGGUCAGGUCGGCGUACUCGGCUUCGGCGCCAACGUCUUUACCGCGCACCGCCUCGCCGACCCCUUCUCGGCCGACGCCGGCGCCAAGGUGCUGCAGCAGUUUUCCUUUUCUCAGGACCGCACCGACAUUGUGCAGCUCAUCCGCCAGACCAUUGACAAUUUCCGGCUGGCACGGCAGCAGCAGGCGGGUGGCGGCAGCGCGGAUCUGUGGCAGCUGGCGCUCAUCUUGUCGGACGGGCUGACGCCGUCGUCGGCGCACGACGAGAUUCGAAGGUUGCUGCGCGAGGCCAUGGAGGAGCGCAUCAUGGUCGUCUUCAUUGUCAUGGACGACAGGGACAAGGUAUCGGGCGACAGCGUGCUGGAGCUCAAGGAGGCCAAGUUUGUCAACGAGGGCGGCGAGAGCAGGGUCGUCAUCGAGCGCUACCUCGACACGUUUCCGUUCCAGUACUACUUGAUUGUGCACAACAUGGAGGAGCUGCCGAGUGCGCUGGCCGGCUUGCUGCGUACCUGGUUCGCAGAGGUUAAUUCAUGA